AUGUCUCUUUCUAAAUAUUUCAAUCCGAUUCCCGACGCUUCAGUUACGUUUGAUGGCACCACCGUCCAGCUGGAAGAAUCGCUCGGAACUGUCCGGAACGAUGAAGAAUCCUUGUCGGAUUUCGAGAAUGCAGGCCAUCUGGAAAUCUGCGAUAUCACCUUCCGUGCCAAUGAAGGUGAGGUCGUCUUGGUACUGGGGAAUCCGACAUCGGCGCUCUUCAAAGGCCUGUUCCAUGGUCACAAGAAUCUGAGGUACUCUCCCGAGGGGUCUAUCAGAUUCAAGGACAAUGAGUUUAAGCAAUAUGCCGCCAAGUGUCCUCACCAAAUCAUCUAUAAUAACGAACAGGAUAUUCACUUCCCGUAUCUGACGGUGGAACAGACCAUCGAUUUCGCACUGAGUUGCAAGUUCCAUGUCUCUAAGCAAGAACGCAUUGAAAUGAGAGACGAGUUGCUGAAAGAAUUCGGCCUGUCGCACGUGAAGAAGACGUAUGUCGGAAACGACUACGUUCGUGGUGUUUCUGGUGGUGAAAGAAAACGUAUCUCCAUUAUCGAAACCUUCAUUGCUAAUGGGUCUGUGUAUCUGUGGGAUAACUCCACAAAGGGCCUGGAUUCUGCGACUGCCUUGGAAUUUCUCUCCAUUACGCAAAAAAUGGCAAGGGCUACCAGAUCGGUUAAUUUCGUCAAGAUCUCUCAAGCCAGUGACAAAAUCGUCAACAAAUUUGACAAGAUUCUUAUGCUGAGCGAUUCUUACCAGGUGUUUUACGGCACCAUGGACGAAUGCUUGAGUUAUUUCCACGACACUUUACAGAUAAAGAAAAAUCCUAACGAUUGUAUCAUUGAAUAUCUGACGUCAAUCCUGAAUUUCAAAUUUAAGGAAAUAUCCAAUUCCAUCGUUGGUCUCGACGCACCAUUUCCCGUCUCUGAACCCAAACAAGCUUCGAACAUCAAUAACGAAGCAGAUUUACACACAUUAUGGGUACAGUCCCCAUACUAUAAACACUGGAAGGCAAUCACCUCAAAGACAAUACAAGAAUGCGCCGGACCGGACAUAAAUCCAGACGACGUUUCUCCCGUAUUCAGCAUCCCACUAAAAUUGCAACUGAAAACCUGUACGAUAAGAGCUUUCCAAAGAAUUAUUGGGGAUAGAAACUACUUGAUCUCUCAGUUUGUUUCCGUCGUCGUUCAAUCUUUAGUCAUUGGGUCUCUUUUCUAUAACAUCCCCCUAACAACCAUUGGGUCCUUCUCCAGAGGAUCUCUGACAUUUUUCUCCAUUUUGUUCUUUACCUUCCUUUCUCUGGCUGAUAUGCCUGCUUCUUUUCAAAGGCAACCUGUGGUUCGCAAACAUGUCCAGCUUCAUUUCUAUUUUAAUUGGGUCGAAACGUUGGCAACAACCUUUUUCGAUUGUUUUUCCAAAUUCCUACUUGUUGUCGUCUUCACCAUCAUUCUUUACUUUUUAGCUCAUUUACAAUACAAUGCUGCUAGGUUUUUCAUCUUUUUGCUUUUCCUUUCCAUUUAUAACUUUUGUAUGGUUUCAUUAUUUGCCCUGACGGCUUUGAUCGCUCCAACUUUAUCAGUGGCAAAUCUUUUAGCUGGUAUCUUAUUACUAGCUAUUGCCAUGUAUGCGUCUUAUGUUAUUUACAUGAAAGAUAUGCACCCAUGGUUUAUCUGGAUUGCUUAUUUGAAUCCUGCUAUGUUUGCCAUGGAAGCUAUCUUGAGUAACGAAUUGUUCAACCUUAAGCUAGAUUGUCAUGAAAGUAUUAUCCCCAGGGGCGAAUCCUAUAACAAUAUUUCAUUCAGCCAUAAAGCUUGUGCUUGGCAAGGUGCCACUCUAGGUAACGAUUAUGUCAGAGGACGCGAUUAUUUAAAGAGUGGGUUAAAAUACAGUUAUAGUCAUGUAUGGAGAAAUUUCGGUAUCAUUAUUGGGUUUCUUUGUUUCUUCUUAUUCUGUUCUUUAGCAGCCUCUGAGUACAUCACUCCUUUGUUCACCAGAGAAAAUAUGCUGCGUUGGAAUAACUACGUGAAAAGACACUGUCCCUUCCCAAGUCACGGAAAGAGACAGGAAAAGGCUAUUACUGAUAGCUCUGGUGUAUACGGUACCAAGCCUCCGGCAACUAAUUCAUCCACUUCAUCUUCAUCUGUCCCAUCAUUCUCCCGUCCAUGCGAUGCUGACUAUAAUGUUAAGUGUCCUGAUGAAUCUGUUAACAACCACACUAAGGAGUCCAUAGCCGUAGAAACUCAAAAGCACGUCAUUUCCUGGAAAAACAUCGAUUAUACCAUUGGUGAUAAAAAACUGAUUAACGAUGCUUCUGGUUACAUAAGCUCUGGGUUAACUGCAUUAAUGGGUGAAUCUGGUGCUGGUAAGACAACUUUGCUGAAUAUUCUAUCUCAAAGAACCGAAAGUGGUGUGGUGACCGGCGAAUUGUUAAUCGACGGUCAGCCAUUAACUAACAUUGAUGCUUUUAGAAGAAGUAUUGGGUUCGUCCAACAACAGGAUGUUCAUUUAGAGCUGUUAACUGUUAAAGAGUCUCUAGAAAUUUCCUGUGUUUUAAGAGGUGACGGUGAUAGGGAAUAUUUAGGAACUGUUACCAAUCUAUUGAGAUUACCUUCGGAAAAACUUGUUGCUGAUUUGUCCCCCACUGAAAGAAAGUUACUGUCCAUUGGUGUUGAAUUAGUUACCAAGCCUUCUCUACUAUUGUUCUUAGAUGAACCUACUUCUGGUUUAGAUGCCGAAGCAGCGUUGACCAUUGUGCAGUUUUUGAAAAAGCUUUCGAUGCAGGGCCAAGCUAUUUUAUGUACCAUCCAUCAACCUAGUAAGAGUGUUAUCAGUUAUUUUGAUAACGUCUACUUAUUGAAAAGAGGUGGUGAAUGCGUCUACUUUGGUUCAUUAAUUGAUGCCUGUGACUAUUUUGUGGCUCAUGACAAAAGCUUAGUUUUUGAGAGCGAAACGGAUAAUCCGGCUGAUUUUGUUAUCGAUGUUGUUGGUAGUGGAAGUACUGAAGCUAAUACUGGGGAAAAAUCAACCCCAGGUGAAUUUGACGAACAGACAUCUCAUCUUAGACAGUCAGAUUGCUCAAUUAAUUGGGCAAAUAUAUGGCAAUCUUCUCCCGAAAAGGUGAAGAUUGCUGAAAAUUUGCUUAUAUUGGAAGAAGAAGCUCGCAACUCUGGUAUUGAUUUUACGACUUCGGUAUGGAGUGCACCUUCAUAUAUGGAACAAGUAAAAUUGAUCACCAGAAGACAGUAUAUUUGUACCAAGAGGGACAUGACUUACGUCUUUGCUAAAUAUGCUUUGAAUGCUGGUGCUGGUUUAUUCAUCGGGUUUUCCUUCUGGAGGACAAAGCACAACAUCAGUGGUUUGCAAGAUGCUAUUUUCUUGUGUUUCAUGAUGCUUUGUGUUUCUUCCCCUUUAAUCAAUCAAGUCCAGGAUAAAGCUUUGCAAUCAAAGGAAGUCUAUAUAGCCAGAGAGGCGAGAUCUAAUACCUACCAUUGGACAGUUCUUUUGAUCGCCCAGACCGUCGUUGAAUUACCACUAGCCAUUUCUAGUUCUACAUUGUUUUUCCUGUGUUGUUACUUCUGUUGCGGCUUUGAGUCUUCUGCUCGUGUAGCUGGUGUCUUUUACUUGAACUAUAUUUUGUUUGCCAUCUAUUAUUUGUCGUUUGGGUUAUGGUUAUUGUACUCAGCUCCUGAUUUACAAACUGCUGCCGUCUUUGUUGCAUUCCUGUAUAGUUUUACAGCUUCCUUCUGUGGUGUAAUGCAGCCUUACGCGUUAUUCCCACGAUUUUGGACAUUCAUGUACAGAGUUUCACCAUACACAUAUUUCAUCGAAACUUUUGUGACUUUGCUUCUUCAUGAUAGAGAAAUCACUUGUUUAACAGGUGAAAUGGUCCCAAGUCAACCUGUAGUGGGUCAAAAUUGUGGUCAAUUCAUGAAACCCUUCAUAGAAGAAUAUGGUGGAAAAUUACUCAAUGAUAAAACAUUUACCGUUUGCGCCUAUUGUAUGUACACUGUUGGUGACGAUUUCUUGGAACAAGAAAAUAUGAGCUAUCACCACAGAUGGAGAAAUUUCGGUUUGGAGUGGGUUUUCGUCUGCUUCAAUUUUGCAGCCAUGUUUGUUGGCUUCUACUUAACCUACAUUAAGAAGAUUUGGCCUUCAGUGAUCAGCAGCGUCAAGAAGUGCAUUCCGUCAAUGAGAAUGUCCAAAAAAACAAAAAAACACCAAAAAGUCAAUGCAUAG